AUGGAGCAUUCUUUAUUCAUAACUGUGAUGGUCGAUCCACCGUACUUACAAAAUAUGACGGGCAUAGAAAUGAAAAUAUAUGCAGAAAAUGAAGAUUACUUUAUCAAAGCGCGGUGGUGGAUGAACGUACUUUUUGCUGGAGUAUUGGAUGGGGUUGUGAUAAAAAGUUAUGGCAGUGGGAAUUGA